AUUCUCAUUUUAUGCGGAAUACAAACGCAAAUUAUUUUGAACGAAUAUCCUCAGAACUUACCUUGACAUGAUGCACCUUACAAAACCCUAUUGCUUCCUUUAUUUGCAGGUUUGCAAAGCGAAAAAAGCGGUAGACAUACUAAAUGGGUUUCUUCAACAGGCGAAUAUUCCUGAAGAGCGUUCAGUAGUAAAGCGCAAAACCUUUAUAAUUACUUGGUUUGAAGUUCUCCUUUAUGUACAACGAAGACCAUUAGCACUGAGUAGGGGUUUCGACUCAUGUGAAUUUAACAACUGUGUGAUAACUGACGAGAAACAAUGUUUGGAAAACAGUGAUGCCGUCAUUUUCAAAGGUGCACAUUUGCCAAAAAAGUAUCCUUUUAAAAGACCGCACGGGCAAGUUUGGAUUUUUGCGGAGGACGAAAACCCUUUCUAUUACAAUAGUUUUCGUGGAAAUUACAAAAAUGACGUUUGGAAAGGUGCAUUUAAUUGGACAAUGACGUAUAACAUGAAUAAUACCGAUAUUUAUCUACCUAACGGAGAGAUAUGGAAAAGAAAAGCAGAGGACAAUCGUGACUUUCAUAAAAUUGCCAAAAGCAAAACUAAAGAUGCGAUUAUUAUAACAUCUCGCUGCAAAACAGACUCUAAAAGAGAACUGGUUAUAAAUAAAUUAAAAAAGUAUAUUAAUAUCGAUAUUUUUGGAAGGUGUGGACGAAAAUGGAAUUGUGGAACUAUGUAUGUACAUGAUGAUUGUUUCAACAUUUUAAAUCAUUCUUAUAGAUUUUAUUUAGCGUUUGAAAAUGCACUCUGUAAGGGAUACGUCACUGAAAAGUUUUUUGAAAAUUUCAAUUAUGAUAUACUGUUAGUGUCUAGGGCUGGAAAAACAAAUUCUACAGGUACAUUAAUGAUCCCUAAAAACAUAUAUAUUGAUGCCACUGAUUUUAAGUCAAUUGAUGAUUUAGGAAGAUAUCUUCAACGUCUGGCUUCAAAUGAUACAGAAUAUGCAAGGAUUCUAAGAAGGAAAAGUCAGUACUACUUUCCUGGGUUUCAGGAAGUAUAUCAAAGUGCUUUAUGUAAACUUUGUGAAAGAAUGAAUCGACUGAAACACUUUCGGCAACAAAUUGCUGAUAUUAAACAAUGGCUUAUAUCAGAUAAACCUUGCAGAAAUUCAAAAGACAUAGAAAUAUUAUGAAAAUAAUUAAAUUGAAAUAGGUGAUACUCGCUUGCCAUAAAUAGAACUUUCAAUGAUAUGCAACCUUGUAUUAAAACUGUUGAUUGAUUAUCUCAGGACAGCUUUUUCCUCAUAUGAAAUUGAGUUGUAAUAAGUAAAACAUUUCAUAUUAAAUGCACUGUAAUGUUUCAUUCUUUAGACAUAUUAGUACCUGGUAUACGACAGGUAUAUGUCAAAUAAUGUCAUUUAGCACAACAUUUCAAUCACA